UUUUCCAAACCUAGAGGGCAGUGCAUGAAGCCAGGGGUCAUCAGCCAUGCUCCAGACACUGUGGUUCCAGAUGGUAAAACCAAGACUAAGGCUAAGGAAGAAACUGCACAGCUAAACGUUUCUAAAGAAUCAGAGUCCCGCAGACUGAUAGUGGAGGGACUGCUGAUGGACAUUCCCCAGCACCCUGACUUCAAGGGCAGGUUAGGGAAGUCACAGCUCCAUGAUACAGGGAAGGAAACAAACAUAGGAGAUUGCACAGACUUGACAGUCCAGGAUCAUAAAUCUUCCACCAUUGAAAGGGAAGAGAGAGCCGGGAAAUUGGAAGAAAGUAGUGUCAGCACACAUCUCAUUACAAAGCAGGACUUUGCUGAAGAACGGGUGUUUUAUAAAUGUAGCGAGUGUGGCAGUUACUACAACCCACAUUCAGACUUUCACCAGCAUCAGACAAUUCACACUAGUGAAAAGCCCUACAAAUGCAAAGAAUGUGGGAGAACCUUCAGAUAUAACUCAAAACUGUCACGGCAUCAGAAAAUCCACACUGGAGAGAAACCAUAUUCAUGUGAGGAAUGCGGACAAGCCUUCAGUCAAAAUUCCCACCUUCUUCAGCAUCAGAAACUCAAUGGUGGACAGAGGCCCUAUGAAUGUGCUGACUGUGGAAAAACCUUCAGCUAUAAUUCAAAACCGAUUCGGCAUCAGAGAAUCCAUACUGGGGAGAAGCCCUUUAAAUGUAAGGAAUGUGGGAAGGCCUUCAGGUGUAGCUAUGACUGCUUCAUCCAUGAAUGAAUUCGCACUGGGGAGAAGCCCUAUGAAUGUAAGGAGUGCGGGAAGAGUUUGAGUUCUAAUACAGUCCUGAUUCAGCAUCAGAGAAUGCACACUGGGGAGAAACCUUAUGAAUGUAAAGAGUGUGGCAAGGCCUUCCACCGCAGUUCGGUGUUUCUUCAGCACCAGAGGUUCCACACUGGGGAACAACUCUACAAAUGUAACGAAUGUUGGAAAACUUUCAGUUGUGGCUCCUGCUUCAUAGUGCAUCGGAGAAUCCACACCGGGAAGAAGCCCUAGGAAUGCCAGGAAUGUGGGAAGACAUUCAGUCAGAAGAUCACUCUGGUUCAGCAUCAGCGAGUUCACACUGGGGAGAAAGCUUUUGAGUGUAAGGAGUGCGGGAAAACCUUCAAAUGGAAUGCAAGUUUCAUUCAGCAUCAGAAGUGGCAUACUAGGAAGAAAGUCAUCGAUGGAACAGGGCUAUCUGCAGUUAAGCCCUACUGCCACUCUCCCGUCCUCUCUCCUCUGCCUCUCCAACAUGCCUGCUCUACCCGGGCCCCACCAGAGCCUCCCUUAUCUUCUUCACAUGCAGUGAUACUUCCUCCCUCUGUGCCUUUCUUCCUGCUGCUUCCCUCAUCUGAAAAGGCCAGCCCUUCACCUGUCCAAAUAGUACAUUUCUUUCAGGAUCUCACUUUUCCUGGGAGGUCAUCCCCUCAUAGCCUGAAUCCUUUGUCUCACUCCCUGUGAGCCCCUCAUGUUCUCAACACCCAUUGCACCUCAAAUUAGGGAUUCCACUGGGCUCCUGGUUGUGGAAUACUGAUGUCUUCUGGUCUUGUUUAAGUUGUUAUUGUUUUCCUAACUUCAUUUUGAGUUCUCACGCUUGAGGACCGUAUUGUUUUCCUAACUUCAUUUUGAGUUCUCACGCUUGAGGACCGUAUUGUUUUCCUAACUUCAUUUUGAGUUCUCACACUUGAGGACCGUAUUGUUUUCCUAACUUCAUUUUGAGUUCUCACACUUGAGGACCGUAUCGAUGAGCGUCUUUUAUUCCCCGGGUAGGAAAUGGCAGUACUUCCUCUUCUUCAUGUCCACGCUUGCGCCAUAUCAUCACUCUGCAUCUGCCUUCUGGGGCUGCUGGAGUUGGAAGAGUUUGCAGAACACUUUGGGGUUUGGGGCAUAUGGCAUUGUGAUUAUGAUGAGAUGGGACAUUAUAAUUAGAAAGUAGGAGAAGUGUAAAGCCUGUGGGAGAAGAUAAUCAGAUAAAGUGUCCAAUAUUGCUUUCAGGGUUUCUUUUUUUUUUUUUGCCGGAGUUUCACUCUUGUUCCUCAGGCUGGAGUGCAAGGGUGUGAUCUCAGCUCACUGUAACCUCUGCCUCUGGGGUUCAAGCAAUUCUCAUGCCUCAGCCUUCUGAGUAGUUGGGACCACAGGCAUGCACCACCAUGCCUGGCUAAUUUUGUAGUUUUAGUAGAGACAAGGUUUCACUAUGUUGGCCAGGCUGGCCUUAAACGCGUGACCUCAGGUGAUUCACCCACCUCGGCCUCCCAAACUGCUGGGAUUGCAGGUGUGAGCCAGCCUGCUUUCAGGAUUUAAGGAGGGCCAUUUGGUGGACCAGUGGCAAGGCUCACUGAAAGAAUUUAAGACUUGAAAUUUUUUAUUACCUUGAUAGUAAUAAAAAAUUAUAAGCGUCCCAUUUAUGGAAAAAGAGAAUGAAGUGAUGAGUUGACACUGAGCAAUAAUGUAAAAUUAUGUCUUUGAACUUUAUUAGGAGGCGAUGUGGUUUUUCAGUUUGGGUUCCUUUUCUAUUUUCUUUUUGCAUUUUCCUAUUUUUUGAGACAGGGUCUUGCUCUGUCACUCAGGCUGGAGUGCAGUGGUGUGAUCAUGGUCCACUGCAGUGCUGACCCUUGGGGCUCGAGCCGUCCUCCCAGCUCACCCUCUGAGAAGCUGGGAGGCUGACGUGGGAGGAUGGCUUGCGCCCUGGGGCAUACACCACCACACCCAGCUAAUUUUUGUAUAUUUUUAGAGACAGGGUUGCUCCUCAGCCUGCUGGAUGUGUUGAAUUUUUGUAUUUUUUAGAGACAGGGUUGCUCCUCAGCCUGCUGGAUGUGUUGAAUUUUUGUAUUUUUUAGAGACGGGGUUGCUCCUCAGCCUGCUGGAUGUGUUGAAUUUUUGUAUUUUUUAGAGACGGGGUUGCUCCUCAGCCUGCUGGAUGUGUUGAAUUUUUGUAUUUUUUAGAGACGGGGUUGCUCCUCAGCCUGCUGGAUGUGCUGCGGUGCUCCAGCUGCUCACUGGGCCCGCUCCUCCAGACCCGGUCACUUCCUGUUUCUUCUUCCUACACUCUUGCUGCUGCUUCCCCACUUCCCGCUCACUCUUCUCUAGCCUUCUUCCAACCCUGAAGGGACCUGCUCCAUCUCCCUCUACACUCUAUUCUUGUCACACUGCUUGUGGAGACAAAUAGCUCCUCUUUUGACCCACGCCGUUCAUUACCAGCAUCUUCCGUUUUCUGUGCGAUCCUAUUAUCUGCAUCUUCAGUUUUCUGCCCCUGUUUCCUCUGGCCCUUAUGCAGCCAUUUUAGAGUCUGCUAGUAACACUUGAUUGACUUUCUCCUGUAGUUCAGCUAAUGAUUGAAAUUUGGCUUUUCCUUUGCUUCUCUUUUUCUUUUUUUUCUUUUUUUGAGGCAAUGUCUUGCUCUGUCACCCUGGCUGGAGUGCCGUGGCACCAUCUUGGCUCACUGCAAUCUCUGCCUCCUGGGUUCAAGUGAUUCUCAUGUCUCAGCCUCCCAGGUAGCUGGGACCACAGGCAUACGCCUCCAUGCCCAGCUAAUUUUUGUAUUUUUAGUAGAGACAGCGUUUUGCCAUGUUGGCCAGGCUGAUCUCAAACUCCUGACCUCAAGUGAUCUGCCCACCUCGGCCUCCCAAAGUGCUAGGAUUACAGGUGCGAGCCACCGUGUCUGGCCUUUUCUUUUCUUUUUGUUAUAUCACCAGAUAAGACCAGAAUUGUCAUUAAGAAACCAACUUCGCCGGGCGCAGUGGCUCACGCCUGUAAUCCCAGCACUUUGGGAGGCCGAGGCGGGUGGAUCACAAGGUCAAGAGAUCGAGACCAUCCUGGUCAACAUGGUGAAACCCCGUCUCUACUAAAAAUACAAAAAAUUAGCUGGGUAUGGUGGCGCACACCUGUAAUCCCAGCACUUUGGGAGGCUGAGGUGGCUGGAUCACCUGAGGUCAGGAGUUCAAGACCAGGCUGGCCAACAUGAUGAAACCCCAUCUCUACUAAAAAUACAAAAAUUAGCCAGGUGUGGUAGUGGGUGCCUGUUCCCAGCUACUCCGGAGGCUGAGGCAGGAGAAUCGCUUGAACCCAAAAGUGGAGAUUGCAGUGAGCCAAGACCACGCCAUUGCACUCCAGCCUGGGUGACAGAGUGAGACUCUGUCUCAACAAAAAAAUGACACUUGUUCAAGAGUAGGGCUGUCCACAGUUGGACCCUGCUAAGAAAUGACUAUUCUUUGUCUCAACUCUGAAUUACAGGGAGAGAGUGUGAUCUGGUCCCAUUCAGGUCAUAUAUUCAUUCUUGAUUAAUUCAACUUUGGGCAGGGGAGCAGGAUUACAUAGUAUUUAUGUGGCUAUCUGGGGCUCACUGCUGUUGGUGAGGAGGGCAGCCAAAGGGGCUGGUGUGUACUGAUGGAUACUCUACAAGGAAUGUACCAUGUUGGGCAUACACUUCUUCGACUAAGUUCAUUUCCCUCCACACUCUAUACCAGAGGCUCUUAACCCAACUGCCCGUUAGAACCACUUGGGGUGUUGUGUUUUUGUUUUUGCUUUUUAAUACCAAUGCCUAGCUGAAUCCUAGACCAAUUACUUCAGAACCUCUGGAAGUAGGUCCUAGGUAUCAGUAGUUUUUUAACUCCCUAAUUAUAAAAUGGUUCUACAAAGAACCACAUUUUUUUUUUUUUUUUUGAGAUGGAGUCUUGAUCUGUCCCCCAGGCUGGAGUGCAGUGAUGCAAUCUCAGCUCACUGCAACCCUGCCUCCCAGGUUCAAGCGAUUUUCCUGCCUCGUUGGGAUCACAGGCACGCACCACCAUGCCCAGAUAAAUUUUUUUGUAUUUUUAGUAGAGACAGGGUUUCACCACGUUGGCUAGGCUGGUCUCGAACUUCUGAACUCAGGUGAUCCACCUGCCUCAGCCUUCCAGAGUGCUGGGAUUACAGGUGUGAGCCACUUCACCCGGCCCAAAAAACACUUUUUUAGAGCUUUGCUACUCAAAUUGUCACCUGAAGACCAGCAGCAUUGGCGUCACCUGGGAGAUUAUCAGAACUACAAGCUCGUGGAAAUGAGACUCUACUCUGACAAUGCUGCCAGGUGACUUUGUGGGCACACUAAGGUUUGAGAAGCAUUACUCCAGACCCUGGUCCAUGUGUGUGUCUUGGCAUUAAUGUUGCCAAGAAGAAGUUUGAGGCAACCUGAUUUUGCUUCCCUUUUCGUCUGGAAAUUUGCGGAACUUUAAAUCUUCAAGAUUAGUAAUUUCACUAGGCCAUGUCUUGUUGCUGGUUCUUCCCCAUUAACAUUUCCUCGAAUUUAGUGAGCACUUUCAGGCCACAGAUUCUCCUCCCUGAUGAGUGGCUUUUCCUUCAGGUUUGUCCUAGCAGGAUUAGAACAAGGACACAAGCAUCUUAAGAUUAUCUUGUCUUUCCAGUAUGUAUUUUUUUUAAUUAAGGUGUCACUGACAUACAAUAAACCACGCAUAAAGUGUAUAAUUUGAUAAGUUUUGCCAUAUGUAUACACCUCUCAAACAAUAACACAAUCAAGAUAACAAACAUACCCCCAAAAGUUCCUUACGCCCUUUUAUAAUCUCUCCAUCGCAGCCUGCUCUUUUCCUGCCCCAGCCCCAAAAAACCACCUGUUUUUUGUACUAAAGUUUUCAUUUUCUAGAAUUUUAUAUAAGUGCUAUCACACAGUAUGUACUCUUUUAAAAGUUAUUUUUUAUUUUUUGGUGUGAUGUCUUCCAUUCAACAGAAUUAUUUUAAGAUUCACUGAUGUUGCAUAUAUAUCAGUAAUUCAUUCCUUUUUAUUACUCAGUAGUAUUCCACUGUAUGGAUAUACCACAAUUUAUUUAUCCAUUCACCAGCUGAUGGCCAUUUGAGUUGUUUCCAGUUUUUGGCUUACAAAUAAAACUCUUAUGAAACUUUGUGUGCAAGUCUUUGUAAUGUAAGGACAUAAGUUUUCAUUUCUCUUGGGUAAAUAACAAGAAUGAAAUGGCUAGAUAAUAAGGCAGGUAUAUGUUUAAGUUUUAAAGAAUCUGCUGAGUUUUUUCAGAGACUGUGCCAUUGCACCUUUCCAUCAGUGUUGUAUGAGUUCCACUUCUGAUUACAUCUUUGCCUGCACUUGAUGUUGUCUCUACUUUUAGCUGUUCUAAUAAGUGUGUAAUACUGUUUCAUUGUGGUUUUAAUUUGCAUUUCUCUAGUGACUAAUGAUGUUGAGCAUCUUUUCAAAUAUUUAAUUGAUUUCCAUAUAUCUUCUUUGGUGAAGUAGCUUUUCAAAUCCUUUGCCUAUUUUUAAAAAUUGGUUUCUUUCCUUAUGAGUGAAUUUUGAGAGUCCUUUAUAUCUUUUGGAAACAAGUCUUUUAUCAAAUAUUUUCAGUAUUUUCUCCCAGUCCGUGGCUUGUCUUUUCAUUCUCUUAAAAGUAUCUUCUGAAAAGCAGAAGAUUUAACUUUUAAGUCCAAUUUAUCAGCUUUUUUUCCACUGGCUAAUACUGUUUAGAAUUUGUGGUAUGUAUGUAUGUAUGUUUAUGUGCACCCACAUAUGUAUGUUCGUUCAUGGUAAACGUUCAUUUUAGUAGGUUUAGUGAAGGGGCAGUAUGUAAAAUGUAUGUCCGUGUCAUGCCAUUGUUUCUGGAAAUCUAAUUGUUUAAAACAAUUGCUGUGCAUAAACUUUACAGUGAAAAUACUAUAGAUUUCAAAAAAUGAACAGUUUCUGUGACAGGUAAGAUCUUGGUGCUAGGUACCCCACAGUAGCCCCAGUGAUUCUCAUAUCCUGGCAUUCAAGCCAUUGUUUAUCUCAUCCCACAUUGAAUUGUGACUAAUUUCUGAGGAGAAAGCAUGGAGGAAAUGAUGGUGCAUGACUUCCAA